AUGCUGGCGCCUCUUCCGACCGUCACAGUCGACGAGGUUCACUACUACGCCUUCGGUUGUGGCGAUGGUGGUGGCGGUGGUGAUGAUGGUUGCCGUUGCGUUGGUGGUGCUGGUGGGGGUGAAGGUGGUGGUGAUGGUUGCGGUUGUGAUGGGAAUGAGGCUGUUGGUCGUGAUGGUGAUGAUGGUGCUGUUGGUGGUGGUGGUGAGAAGGCUAGCUGA